GGUCAGUAUCAUCCUUGUCAAUCUCCUGCCAUCCCCUGAGCGGGUCCCUCCUGAUUGCCUGCAGCCCGACUGGCUUCUCCAUCGUUAGUCCGCUUGCGGGUCUUCCACUCGCGACUAAAUUAAGCCUGCCUUCACUUACCUUACCUUACCUACUUCGUCCUUUGUCUCCCUCCCUCCUCUGUGUCGUUCCCUGCUUGCUGCUUGUCUUUUGGCCCUUCAUCUUUGAUUUUUCCUCGCUAAAAAUACCAGCACUAUGUCUGGUCGAUUCGUCCGUUCCUCCAAGUACCGACACGUCUUCGGGCGGCCCACGAGAAAGGAUCAAUGCUACGAUAACCUGCGUGUCUCGAGAAAUGCCUGGGACACCAAUCUGGUCAAGGCCAACCCCCGUUAUCUGUCCGUCAACUGGGAGGCCGGCGGUGGAGGUGCCUUUGCGGUCAUCCCCCUGGAGGAACGCGGCAAAUUGCCGGAGAGAAUCCCUUUGUUCCGAGGCCAUACCGCCGUUGUGCUGGACACCGACUGGAACCCUUUCAACGAUGACUUGAUUGCCUCCGGCUCCGACGAUGGCCGAGUCUUGCUCUGGCGAGUACCAGAGAACUUCACCCUUCGCCCGGAUGUGGACCCGGAAGACGUGCAGGACAUCGCGCCGGUUGGAAAAUUGAAUGGACAUCCGAAGAAAGUCGGACACGUCCUCUUCAACCCCGCCGCGGAAAACAUCCUCGCCACUGCCUCCGGUGACUUCACCGUGAAGGUCUGGGAUAUCGAAGCCGGUGCCCCCAAAUUCACCCUCAACCUCGGCGACAUCGUGCAGUCGCAAUCCUGGAGCGCCAACGGAUCGCUCCUGGUCACCACCUCGCGAGACAAGAAGCUGCGCAUUUGGGAUGUGCGUCAGGAGCGUCCGGCGCACGAAACCCAGGGCCACGCGGGCGCCAAGAACAGUCGUUCGGUCUGGCUGGGAGAACGCGACCGCAUCGCGACCACCGGUUUCUCCAAGAUGAGUGACCGUCAGCUGGCGCUGUGGGAUAUCCGGGCGCCUCGGGAGCCCAUCAACGGAUUCAAGACCCUCGACUCCAUUUCCGGUGUCUGCAUGCCAUUCUGGGAUGAUGGCACGCAAUGUCUGUACCUGGCUGGCCGAGGUGACGGCAACAUCCGCUACUUCGAACUCGAAAAUGACAAGUUUGAGUACCUCGCUGAAUACAAGUCCGCCGAUCCCCAGCGUGGUAUCGCCUUCAUGCCCAAGCGCGGUGUCAACGCCCACGAAAAUGAAGUCACCCGUGCCUUCAAGACCGUCAACGACUCGUACAUCGAACCCAUCUCGUUUAUCGUUCCCCGCCGCGCCGAGGCUUUCCAGGACGACAUCUACCCCCCGACGAUCGGUGUCACGCCCGCCAUGGGACCGGGCGAAUGGGUUUCGGGCAAGGAGGCUAUUCCCCCGAAGAUCUCCAUGGCCAGCCUCUACGAGGGCGAGGGCCUGAAGGAAGUCACCGGCGUGCAGGACAAGCCUACGGCCACCAUGGGUGCCCCCGAAGCUCAGCCCGAGCCUCAACCGAAGCCCGCCGAGUCGCCCGUCAAGAAGGCUCCCGAACCGAUUCCCGAGCCUACUCCGGUUGUUAAGCCCGCGCCGUCUAUGAAGGAGCAAGGCGCCUCGAUGGCCGCCAUGGUCAACAAGUUUGCCGACCAGGAAGAGGACGAACCCGCCCCGGUCGAGGAUUCGAGCUUCGACGAGGUGCCCAAGCCCGUCGAGCGUCCCACGCGUACUCCGGACAACGCCUCGCCCACCGUGAAGGCCAGCCCUUGGGGCCAGAAGGAGGAGGUCAAGUCGACGCCUACUCCCCCUAAGGUCUCGACCCCGACGAACGAGCGCUCUGCGGCUAACACGCCGACCGUCUCGACCCCCACCGGGUCCGCGGCGUCUAGCCUCACGACCACCGCCGCCGUGGCCGCCGACGCCGUGCAGCGCGAGAUUGGCAGCAUCAAGGAUCUGAUUGCCGAGCAGACCAAGACCAUUGCCACCCAGGCACAGCAGAUGCAGACUCUUACUGCAGAGAUUGAAUCUCUGAAGGCCAAGCUGAGCUAGCCGAUUCCUACCAUUAGAUUUUGUACCUAGAUAAUUGUAUUGUACUUUUUGGUUUUUGUUCUUGUCAUGUUUGAAAAGAACCGAGCCCUCACUCCCUUUGUUCAUAGCCGUUGAUUUCUGUGGUAUAUGUGUUUGGUUUAUGGCUGGCAGCAUGAUUGCAAUGUCAAUGGAAAUACCAAUUUUGCUUGUUUUUACUGCUCCGGAAUUGGCGGUUCAGAUAAUGGUCCUUUGGUUCCAGUAUAUAUGAAGGCC